CGGGAGAGGAGGUGGGCCUUCCGGUUCUCGCAAAACUAUUUCCGGCCAGAGCCGGAAGAUGGUCCCGGAUGGCCUCGGGGACAACUGUUUUGUGUAGGUGAGCUUUGGGGUUGCCGGCUUCCCGCGCCUGCCGGUCGCCUCAUGCUGCAGGCCGCGGCCAGCAGCCUCCGCUCGGAUUGGCGGCGCUGAAGCGACAGGGCAGCAAGCGACAUGUCGUCGAGCCUCCGCGCCGCCGACUUUCCCCGCUGGAAGCGCCACAUCUCGGAGGAGCUGAGGCGCCGGGACAGACUGCAGAGGCAGGCGUUCGAGGAAAUCAUCCUGCAGUAUAACAAGCUACUGGAAAAGUCAGAUCUUCAUUCAGUGUUGGCCCAGAAACUACAAGCUGAAAAGCAUGACAUACCAAACAGGCAUGAGAUAAGUCCUGGACAUGAUGGCACAUGGAAUGAUAGUCAGCUACAAGAAAUGGCCCAGCUGAGGAUUAAACACCAAGAAGAACUGACUGAAUUACACAAGAAACGUGGAGAGUUAGCUCAGUUGGUGAUUGACCUGAAAAACCAAAUGCAGCAGAAAGACAGGGAGAUGCAGAUGAAUGAAGCAAAAAUUGCAGAAUGUUUGCAGACUAUUUCCGACCUGGAGACAGAGUGCCUGGAACUGCGCAGUAAGCUUCAGGACCUUGAAAGAGCCAACCAGACCCUGAAGGAUGAGUAUGAUGCCCUGCAGAUCACUUUCACUGCCUUGGAGGAGAAACUGAGGAAAACAACUGAAGAGAACCAGGAGCUGGUCACCAGGUGGAUGGCCGAGAAAGCCCAGGAAGCCAAUCGUCUGAACGCAGAGAACGAAAAGGACUCCAGGCGGCGGCAAGCCCGGCUGCAGAAAGAGCUCGCAGAAGCAGCCAAGGAACCUCUACCGGUUGAACAGGAUGAUGACAUUGAAGUCAUUGUGGAUGAAACCUCUGAUCACACUGAGGAGACCUCUCCCGUGCGAGCCAUCAGCAGAGCAGCCAGUAAGCGACUCUCGCAGCCUGCUGGAGGCCUUCUGGAUUCUAUCACUAAUAUCUUUGGGAGACGCUCUGUCUCCUCCUUCCCACCCCCCCAGGAUAACAUGGAUACUCACGCAGGUUCUGGUAAAGAAGUGAGGGUGCCGACUACUGCACUGUGUGUCUUUGAUGCACAUGAUGGGGAAGUGAACGCCGUGCAGUUCAGUCCAGGGUCCCGGCUACUGGCCACAGGAGGCAUGGACCGGAGGGUUAAGCUUUGGGAAGUGUUUGGAGACAAAUGUGAGUUCAAGGGUUCCCUAUCUGGCAGUAAUGCAGGAAUUACAAGCAUUGAGUUUGAUAGUGCUGGGUCUUACCUCUUAGCAGCUUCAAAUGAUUUUGCAAGUCGAAUCUGGACUGUGGAUGAUUAUCGAUUACGGCACACGCUCACAGGACACAGCGGGAAAGUGCUCUCUGCUAAGUUCCUGCUGGACAACGCCCGGAUUGUCUCAGGAAGUCACGACCGGACUCUCAAACUCUGGGAUCUACGCAGCAAAGUCUGCAUAAAGACAGUGUUCGCAGGAUCCAGCUGCAAUGAUAUUGUCUGCACAGAGCAGUGUGUAAUGAGUGGACACUUUGAUAAGAAAAUUCGUUUCUGGGACAUUCGGUCAGAGAGUAUAGUCCGAGAGAUGGAGCUGUUGGGAAAGAUUACUGCCCUAGACUUGAACCCAGAAAGGACUGAGCUCCUGAGCUGCUCCCGGGAUGACCUGCUAAAAGUUAUUGAUCUUCGAACAAAUGCUGUCAAGCAGACAUUCAGUGCACCUGGGUUCAAGUGCGGCUCUGAUUGGACCAGGGUUGUCUUCAGCCCUGACGGCAGUUACGUGGCAGCAGGCUCAGCUGAAGGCUCCCUCUACAUCUGGAGUGUGCUCACAGGGAAAGUGGAGAAGGUUCUUUCAAAGCAGCACAGCUCCUCCAUCAACGCAGUCACCUGGUCUCCCUCUGGCUCACAUGUCGUCAGUGUAGACAAAGGAUCCAAAGCUGUGCUGUGGGCACAGUAUUGACAGGGUUCUCGGGGCCCGGGAACCUCAGCACCCUUCUCCAGAGAAUCGUGAGGACUCUGCGGCCAUGUCCUGGCGGGCAGUGUGCCAGGCAUAGCUUUGACUUUCCAGAGAAGAACUUGAGCCGUGUGGCUCAGUGGCCUCCUUUGGACGAGAUUCCUGAGGAUUUGACUAAGGUCUCUGCUGGCCUGGAAGAAUAACACUGAACAGCUCUGACACUGAGUCCCUUAGCAGAGGUUUGGGCUGUUGGCUCGCGUGGGAAACACUACUAGCUCUGACCUCCAUACCUCACUAGGGGGGGCACAGGGCCCCCAGGGUCUCCUCUCUGGACAGCAGUGCCAAAAACACCCCACACGUCCAGUGUUGGUUCCCUGUGCUCUCUCCCGUCCUUCCAAAGUUGGUUCUGGCCUAGUGCAUGUCCUGUUACCUUGGGGCCAUUUGCCCAGUGAACUUGCUUUAAGCAUUAGAUUAAUGGAAACUCCAACACAGGGCCUGUCCUGGCUCUGGGGGAUUGUGGCCCUUGCUGCUAGGCUGUGGUGUUAUUACAGGGCUCUUGUUCUGAAUGCACCUUGUUCCUGCUGUGGUUCCCCUCUGUCUCUUCAACUCUUCAGAUCUUCUGCCCUCCCCCCACCCUCCGCACCCCAAUUCUAGUCAAGAAAUAAAUCGCAGCUUGGUUUUUUUAAAAAAAUUUUUCAGAGGAGAGGAAGUAUGACAACCUUUGCCAGGGAAGUGGGUUUACUGCAAAUACCCAGAAGGUUCUUGCUAGUGUUGGGGCUCGAGGUCUCCAAACGUGUUCUUUUGGAUCUGGCGAGUCCUGCCGCUGCCCUUCCACCAGGCCUUAGUGUAGGAAGCCCAUCCUGGGAGCCAGAGCAGUGUCAUCUUCCCAUUUCCGGGGCUGCGAUGAAAACUGGGGGCCAGGGGACAUUCAUCUUCACCUUUUGCCUGUGUAUAAACUUUUAGUUCUUGGGGUGUCUGAAACACCAGUGUUUCCAUCACUUUUUAAUUUGCACUUUAACUGUUGUUCUUCCACACUUGUUCUCUGGGCACUCGGGGCUGUGAAUGCUGGAGCUGGUGAGAGGAGUGAGAAGAGCGAGUGGCCUUCCUGCCAGCGGCCAGGGCUCUGCUCCUCCCCUUUGCCCUGCCUGCAUCUACCCUCUUCGGUUUGCCCUUCAGAGAACCUGUGCUGAGGAGAGCCGAAAUUCACAGGGCACAGCUUUUAUUUAUUUGAUUAUAUUGCCCAAUAGAACUUGAUUGUAAAUAAAAAAAAUCUGUUAUAUACUUUUCAAACUCCA